ACCCGCCACAUCACAAUGCGAAACCCGUUCAAGCCUAGGAAGGCGCCCGCGCAAACCUGGACGGCCAAGAGAUCGUCCGUCCUCUCGGCCGACGACCCGGUCUUCCGAGGCCUCGAUGAGGCGGGACGAAGGAGCCUGCAAGCGACCCCGCCUAUCCAGCAUCAGCCGAGGCCUUCCCAGGACCUCGCCAGGGGGCCUCCCGAGCAGGCCGCGGGCGACGGCGCAUGCGCGCCGAGCGCGGGGGCCGGCUCCCAUGACAGCAUCGCCGUCGACUCUGGGCACGGGUACGCUGCGAUCGCCGGCUCUUCCGCCGGUGCCGAUCAUUCUGGCCACUGA